AUGAAGUCCAAGCGCGCCGCUGCCGCCUCGGAGGACGUCAAGCCCGUCGAUGUGCCUCAAGACUCGCCCGCAAAGAAGCGCAAGCGCGGCGAUGACGAUGCCGAACCAGGCAAUGAAGUGAGAAAGUCCAAGAAGCCCAAGUCCAAGGAGGAUAAGAAGAAGAAGAAGGAGAAGAAGGAGAAGGAGAAGAAAGAAAGGGCAGAGAAGAAGCCGAAAAGGGACAAGUCCAAAUACAACAACAAGACUCGGAAAGAGAAGAAAGAAGAGCGCAAGGAUAUUCAGGAUCUUCCUGAGGGCAUGGACAUUGACGACGACGAGGCAAACGUAAAGCCAAAGAAGGCUGAGCCCGAGUCUGAAUCCAAGACAAAUGGAAAGACUGAAGCAAAGAAGGAGGACAAGAAGGACAAGAAAGAAAAGAAAGAAAAGAAAGAAAAGAAGGACAAGAAAGAGUCCAAGAAGGAAAAAUCCCCCUCGUCAAAGGACGUGCCCCAAUCCGGAGAUGUCAUCGACCUCGACUCGUCCUCAGCCCAGAAGGCAGGCCGCAACAUUGUCUUUGUCGGCAACCUCCCCUACUCCGCCACAGCGGCGUCCAUCACGGCGCAUUUCGCCACUCUGAAGCCUGUUGCCGUGCGGUGCCUGACGAAGAAGGAGGAUCCCAAGGCCUGCAGGGGCAUUGCGUUUGUCGAGUUCGCGACCCCGACGCACCAGCGGACGUGCCUGGACAAGUUCCACCAUUCCAUGUUUGAGGACGGCAUCUCUCCAGCGAGAAAAAUCAAUGUUGAAUUGACUGCUGGAGGAGGCGGAAACAGCCAGGGCCGCCAGGACAAGAUUAACGAGAAGAACAAGAAACUCGACGAGAACCGGGCCAAGCGCAUCGAAAAGGAGAAGACGGCCAAGGACGAGAACCAGACCAAUGGCAAGUCCAGCGGCCCGUCCAGAAUGGAUAUCCACCCGAGCCGUCUUGCCCGCCUCCCAGGUUUUGGAAAUCUGUUCAAGUAA